AUGCGAACGGACUCGAAACAAUGUCAAAUCCGACAUGAAGCACAUACGAGGGCAUCGUCUCCUCACCGACGAUGGCUUCGACAGGCGCAACAGGUUCCAAGGUCAAUCCGGUUGUGUAUCGUAGCAGUGGUAGCAUUCUGCGCGGCCGUCGGCUUUGCAAGAGGACUCCGCGACAUACAAGACCAAAACAAGAAAGCUAGACCAACGAUCUUUCCGAAAUCCCUCGAUCGUAGCAAAAUUUGGUCGCCAGAUCAUCCGAUUCGGUACAACAAUGGGACUCACAUUGACGACAAGUAUGCGUUCUUCCGCCAUCUGGGAGGCGGCCAAGAAGGAUCGGUGGACCUCUACGUCGAUCACAUGAGCGGCGAUAUCGUGGUCGUGAAGCAGAUGUCAUCUGUGGCCAGGAAUCAAAUACCGGUUGAGGUAUCAGACGACUUCCUCGAAGUGACGACGAGCUGGCCCACCGAGAUCGAAGCUGGUCUGCUCUUGGCUGGCGACGUCGCGGAACCAUAUGUUCCGAUUCUUGAUUAUUUCGUCCUGCAAUCUUCCACCGAAUCUUGUUGGGCAAUGGUCUCGCCUUGGCUGGCAAAUGGGACUCUUCUAAAUCUCGCCGAGAAGGAGAAAGACCAGGGCGGCAGGACGGUGCACGAAAUCGACAGCAUUUAUCGUCCGGUGGUGGAGAAUCUUUUGCAAGGCUUGCAAUCGCUCCACGCAAAAGGCUUGUGUCACAACGACAUUAAGCCGAAUAACGUCUUCAUCCGCGACUCCACGUUCUGGUUACUCGGGGAUUUGGGAAAUCAACGGACUGGUGAAUGCGACUGA